AUGAUCGAUGGAGGCCAAACAACAUUUACUGAAGUUGACUUUUUAGGCACAGUAGCAACGAUUACGGCCAAAAAUGUUGUGACGAAUGUUGAAUCAUUAGCUUAUGGUGGAUAUGUUAUUGUAACAAAGGACUGUUCUACCGGAAAGAAUGAUGGUUAUGUUGUUAAUAAUGAAGGGGUGUAUAAUGUAACUAUACUUUGGGGUCUUUCUGAUAAAUAUUCUUACGUUGACGUUGUUGUACUUCCAAAUAAUACGAUUGUUGUUGAAGGAGGAGAUGGUACAGCACCGGGAGGACCAGGAGGAUAUGAAAGCGCUAAAAUAUUAUCCACAAUCCCAGCGAAAGGAUCUACAGUAACGGUACAAAACAAAUAUAAGAAUUUAACAUUACAUUCCAAUACUCUAAACACGUAUAACGCUCCUAAUGUUCCUUAUUAUGUUGAGGUUGAUAAUGAUUUCGUAAAGAAACAAUCAAAUGGUCAAAACGUUAUAGGAAUUAGAUCAAAAAUUUGGACUUUCAACGGAAGUAGGCGUUUAUCAACCACCAAAAAAUAUCAAUACGAUGCUAAUACCAAAGAAGAUCAAUUCAUAAUGAGAGUUGAAAUCAAAAAAUCGGUAUCAUCUAAACAAGCUAGUUCGGGGCAACUUAUAAUUUAG